AUGGCAUCAGAAGGUCUUGAGAGGUGCAUUCCAGAUGACAUGUUUACCUUCAUAGGAAGCAGUGGGGCUCAAAAAAGACUGCUAAUAGAAUUUAAAAGAUAUAAUCUAAGCAUAACGAUGGACAGUAUGAUAAAUGGUAGUGGCGAUGAAGGCGUUUUGAAUGCUGAAUGGGAGUUGCUAACGAAUAAAGUGGCUCAUGAAAUCAAAUAUUGCGAAAUCAGAAUCACCGAUACCAUCUUCACAGUGAGGGCUGUUUUAGCGGCAUACCUAUUUUACAUUUUCAGAUCCGAUAACCAGGUCGCUAAAAGAAUCGUGACAGAAGCAUUUGAGCUCGUAAGAAAAUCACCGGAAGAGAUAGAUUCCAUAAGAUGUACCGGUGGAUUACAGAGUUCUACAGAGCUCAUUUACCUAUGUCAUCAAAUCAAAUUACUUGAAGCUGGGAAAUCAGACCCAAUAAUUGCCCAGAAAUUUUUAGAAUACGGUAAUAUUGACUGGUGCAAAAAUGGUGACGAUUUCCACGGUGCCUAG